AUGGGUCGACAGAAGGAGCUGGUGUCCCGCUGCGGGGAAAUGUUCCACAUUCGCUACCGGCUGCUGCGCCAGGCGCUCGCUGAGUGCCUGGGGACCCUCAUCCUCGUGAUGUUUGGCUGUGGCUCUGUGGCCCAGGUCGUGCUCAGCCGGGGCACCCAUGGAGGCUUCCUCACCAUCAACCUGGCCUUUGGCUUUGCCGUCACUCUGGGCAUCCUCAUUGCUGGCCAGGUUUCUGGGGCCCACCUGAACCCUGCCGUGACCUUUGCCAUGUGCUUCCUGGCGCGAGAGCCCUGGAUCAAGAUGCCCAUCUACACCCUGGCUCAGACGCUGGGAGCCUUCCUGGGUGCUGGGAUCAUUUUUGGGCUGUAUUAUGAUGCAAUCUGGGCCUUUGCCAACAAUGAGCUUAUAGUCUCAGGCCCCAACGGCACAGCUGGCAUCUUUGCUACCUACCCCUCUGGACACUUGGACACGGUCAAUGGCUUCUUUGACCAGUUCAUUGGCACAGCCUCCCUCAUUGUGUGUGUGCUGGCCAUCGUUGACCCAAACAACAACCCCGUCCCCCGGGGCCUGGAGGCCUUCACCGUGGGCCUGGUGGUCCUGGUCAUCGGCACCUCCAUGGGCUUCAACUCCGGCUAUGCUGUCAAUCCUGCCCGAGACUUUGGCCCCCGCCUUUUCACCGCCAUUGCUGGUUGGGGCUCUGAUGUCUUCACGACCGGCAAGCACUGGUGGUGGGUGCCCAUUGUCUCCCCACUCCUGGGCUCCAUCGCCGGCGUGUUCGUGUACCAGCUCAUGAUUGGCUGCCACCUGGAGCAGCCCCCACCUUCUACUGAGCAGGAGAAUGUGAAGCUUGCCCGCAUGAAACACAAGGAGCAGAUCUGA